UAGGAACACUGACGUUCUCACCAAUUGCUGGUCACAUCGACACACCCUCAAGGCAGUUCCUUUUUUUUUUAUUUCGAAUGCAACCGAUACAGUCAACAAUUAAACAAUAUUUAUCGUAUUGUAAUAUUACGUUUAAAUUUUAUAUUAAUAACCAAUUGCAUUAUUGGAGGGCGAGUGAAUUAACGUAAAAUUGUAGUGAUAAUUUGUAACAAAGUGAAAGUUUACUGGACACAAUGAGUGAACAGCAGAUGGACUGUGCACUUGAUUUGAUGAGGCGUUUGCCACCUCAGCAGAUUGAGAAAAAUCUGAGUGACCUAAUUGAUCUUGUACCAUCACUGUGUGAAGAUCUACUGUCAUCAGUAGAUCAACCGCUCAAAAUAGCCAAGGACAAGGAGUCUGGAAAGGACUAUUUGCUCUGUGAUUACAACAGGGAUGGUGACUCGUACAGAUCCCCGUGGAGCAACACGUACGACCCGCCCCUGGAGGACGGCUCAAUGCCCUCAGAGAGAUUGAGGAAAAUUGAGAUAGACGCAAAUCACGCAUUCGAUCAGUAUAGGGAACUCUACUUUGAGGGUGGUGUGUCGUCGGUUUAUCUAUGGGACUUGGAUCAUGGAUUUGCCGGUGUUAUUUUAAUUAAAAAAGCUGGCGAUGGCUCGAAGAAAAUUAAGGGCUGUUGGGACUCUAUACACGUUGUUGAAGUACAAGAGAAAACAACUGGUAGGCAUGCUCAUUAUAAGUUAACGUCCACCGCUAUGUUGUGGCUACAGACGAAUAAACAUGGCUCGGGGACUAUGAAUCUUGGUGGUAGUCUUACUCGACAGGUCGAACAAGACUUGUCAAUAACUGAUGUCUCAUCUCCACACAUUGCAAAUAUUGGCCGCAUGGUUGAAGACAUGGAGAAUAAAAUUCGUAAUACACUGAAUGAAAUAUAUUUUGGUAAAACGAAAGAUAUUGUCAAUGGCCUGAGGUCUGUGCAAUCAUUGGCAGAUCAGAGACAGCAAACAGCACUAAGACAAGACCUUGCUGCUGCUUUACAGAGGCGAAAUGCUAACAAUUGAUCUCACGAUAAUCAUGAGAGCUUUCAAUACCAUUGUGAUUAGAAAAUGAGGAAAAUAAAAAAAAAUGCAAAAACUAAUAUGAAGUGAUGAAAGGAGGAGCAUAAAACAUUGAGGAUACUGGCAUAAAAAAAUACAGACAUAAAGGACAGAUGAAAAUAUCACACGUUGCAUUCAAUUAAUACAAAACACACAGACAGUUGAAAACAUCAUGUGGACUCGAUUACAAUUGAUACCCAGUUCAGUUGCGACACUUUGUUAUUAUUCUCUAGAUUUAAAAUAAUGCGGGGAAUUUAUUAUGGGGUUACUUAAAGAGGACACUUAUCUUAUUUGUUUGUUUAAAAGUAUUUGAAGAAUUAAUUAAACGAGAAAGAACAAUCGUAAUUGCAUAAUUGGUAUUUAAGUGAGUAACGUUGAGGGGAGCCAACGAUGAAGAUGUAUUUGUAUAAAUAAAUUUCAUUUUGUUAUAAAGUCCUA